AUGUUUUUGCUACUUGGGGAGUUCCGCACUAGGUUCCACACGACGCUUUUUUCCCAGGUCUUUGUGAGAAAGACUUCAUCACCGAAUCGUUGGAAGACGUUCGUAGCCAACCGCGUCUCCACCAUACAAACCUCUACAGAAGGAUCUAUCUGGCAACAUGUGCCGGGUGCAGAGAACCCCGCAGAUGAAUUAUCCCGCGGUCUACAGCCAGCAGAACUUCUAGCAAGAUCAAGAAGGUGGAACGGCCCAGUUUGGCUAGCUGUUGCUCCAAGUCAUCGACCACACUCAGUUGUUCCCGACGAUGAAGCAUCCGCCGUCAUAGAAGAAGCUCGGAAGGUCGCUCUAGUUUCAUUAGCUACAUCCACGGCCACCUUUGCUGAACACCUGUUCAACCCGAUUCUCCUCGUACACAAAGCUGCGUCGUGUGGUAGCGUAUUGUCUGAAGUACAUCCGUUCGCUGAGAGUCACGACCAACAAUCCACUGGUGAACCAUCCAGCGUUCUCACCACAGCUGAGUUAACAGCAGCAGACCAUGCACUAGCACGCUUAGCCCAAGCCCAGCUUUACUCGGAGAAGUUAUCCGGUCUAAAUGUACCAUCUAGCCACAAUCAAAUCCUGAAGUGA